AUGAAUUUAAAAAUUAUUUUACACAUAUUGGUGGUACAUUCAUUGUCAGCUAUUACAAAAAAGAAGAAUCAUUUUCCAUUUAAUGCAUUAUUAGUUUUACCAUCUAAAGAAUCUGAAUUUGAUCAUUUUCGAUUAACAAUAAACAAAGCUUUACCAGUUAUUGAUAUUGCAAUAGAUGAUGCUGUAGAACAGGGAUAUGUUCCAAAAGGUUUUUUAAAUGUUACAACUCAUGAUUCAAGAUAUUGGCAAGAUAUAUCAUUAGCUGAAAGGUAUGCAGUACAAGGUGUUGUUCAGGCAUAUACAGAAAAUCGUCUUGAUGUAAUAUUUGGAUUUGCUGAUUUUUAUUCAUUAGCUACAGUGGCAAAAAUUUCACCAGCAUUAGGUGAUGGUGUACCAGUAUUAACAACAGCCGGUAUGAUUUCUCAAUUAGGUUCAAAAAAAAUAUAUCCUUAUCUUAUUAGAAUGCAAGGAUCAAUCACACAAAUGGCUGAUUCUGUGUAUCAAUUGGUAGCUUAUCAAGAUACUACAACUAGAACAAUAGAAAAUAUGGAAACUUCUGGUAUUAGAAAUAAAACAAUACCAUCAAUUUCAACAAAUUUGGGUUAUAAAAAUUUAUUUUUCAUAUAUAAUGAUAAAAAACGUGCUGUCAAUAAAAAACUUCAUUUACAUAAAGACGGGUCUGGUGAUUCAGGGGAGACCGAAAUAAGUUCCUAUUGUUAUUUCAGUCUUUAUGCUAUUAAAUCUUAUUUUACUUCUAAAAAUCAACAUUUUAAAGAUGUAUGGAAAAUGUCUGCACCUUCAUUGGCAUUUGAUGAAGAUAAUAAUGUAUCACAAAUUGAUUUAAAAAAUUGGUUAAAAUUAGGUUCCACAUAUGCUAAUGAAACUUAUGGAAUAGUUAAUUCAAUAGAUAAAUCAUAUUCUAAUUCUUUACCUAUUGAUAUUGUUAUUGCUUUACCUAAAGAUGGAACAAAUAAAAAAACAAAUCCAUAUGGUUUAGAUAUGCUUAAAUCAAAACCUGUUUUUGAUGUAGUAUUAGAGGAUAUUUAUUAUGAAAAAAAAUUAUUGCCAGUAAAUUUUUUUAGAUUGACUUAUGUUGACACUGAAAAUAGUGAUGCUAUAGGUCCUCAACGUGUUAUAGAUAGAUAUUGUGCCAAUAAAGUAGAUGCUAUUAUGGGAUUACCAUAUGUAUAUGGUUUAGCACCUAUAGCAAGAUUUUCUGUUUUUUGGAAUUUAGGAGUUCCUGUUUUUUCCACCUCAGCUAAAGUUGACAUAUUUAGUAAUAGAGAACAAUUUCCUUUAUUAACACGAUUAACUGAGUCUAAUGCAAGGUUAGGUUCUGUAUUUGAUCAAGUUAUCCCAAUACAAGCUAAAAAAUUAUUUUUUUAUUUUCAUGAACAAGAAAAUCAAACAUUAGGUAUUGGAAAAAGUGAAUGUUAUUUUACAUUAAAAGCAAUGAAAAAUAAUAUAAGAUCUGAUAAAUUUGGAGAAGACCAUUCUAGUAGAACUUUUAAUGAGUAUACUACUAAUAAAAAAUUUCUUUUUCAUCAACAUAUUAAAAAUCUUAAAGCUGCUUCUUUUAUUUCAAAAGUUAUUAUUCUUUGUGCCAGUCCAGACACUGUUCGUGAUAUAAUGUUAGCUGCAUAUGAUUUAGGAAUGACACAAUCUGGAGAAUAUGUAUUUAUAAAUAUUGACGUUUCUACAGGUUCACAUGCUGAGCAACCAUGGUUAAGAAGUAAUGAUACAAAUCCUAAAAAUAAUGAGAUAGCAGAACAAGCAUACAAGGCAUUAAAGACAAUAUCAUUACGACGGUCUGCAAUGGCAGAGUAUGAUGAUUUUGAGAAGAAAGUUAAAAAAAGAGCCGAAGAAGUUUAUAACUAUAAAAAUAUAACGGGUAAAGAAUAUGAAAUGAAUAAUUUCAUUAGUGCUUUUUAUGAUGCUGUUCUUCUUUAUGCAAUUGCUUUAAAUAAAACAAUAUCUGAGGGAAAAGAUGCUAGAAGUGGUAAACAUAUUACAAAUAAAAUGUGGGGAAUAACAUUUAAAGGAAUAACGGGAAAUGUUAGCAUUGAUAAAAAUGGUGAUAGGUAUUCUGAUUAUUCAUUAUUAGAUUUAGAUCCAAAAGAACGUAAAUUUGUAGAAGUAGCAUAUUAUUCUGGAAAUAAAAAUGAACUUAAAAAAGUUUCAGAUUUUCAUUGGGUUGGUGGAUCACCACCAAAAGAUUCACCUGUUUGUGGUUGGGACAAUUCUCUAUGUAAUAAUGGAGAAAAAUAUUAUCCACAUCUUUUGGUUGCUGCUAUUGUAGUGAUUAUCUUCCUAGCUGCAGCAUUUAUAUUUUUCUAUAGAAGAUAUCGUCUUGAAAAAGAAAUUGCUGCUAUGUCAUGGAAAAUACGAUGGGAAGAGUUAAAAUCAAAAAAUUCUGAAUCUCAUGAAAAAAAACAAUUUAAGAAAAAACAUAAGUCGCAUAAGGCAGCUUUAUAUAAUGAUCCAAAUGCAGAUCAACAUGAUGCUUUACUAAGAAUUAAUAGUAAUGGUUCAGUAAAUAGUGAUAAGUUUACCGAUGAAGAUCCGGAAUAUAUGAAUAUGAGACAAAGAUUGAGAAGUAGUUCUUCUGGAGCAACUAGAAAAAUAUCUGCAAUGAUUUUUGAUAGAAAAUUGUCUUUGUUUACAAGAAAAAAAAGUUCUCCAACAAGUGAUAAAGUAUUAGAUUUACAUAAUGGGAAUUAUGAUGAAAAUAAUGCUUCAUCACCAGUUGAAACAAAUAAUAAAAAACUUGCAACACAUUCAGAAGAUUUAGAAUAUGGAAAUGGUGGUUUUAGUUUUAAAAAUCGUAAAUUAUCAAUUCAAUAUUCAAAUGGUUCUAUUAAAAGUGGUGGUUCUGUUGAAACAAUUCAUAUGGCAAAUAAUUCUAAAAUAUUUAUAAGAUAUGCUUAUUAUAAAGGACAGACUGCUGCAGUAAAGAUGCUUAAAAUAGAUCCUGUUAAAUAUCCAAAAUUAGAAUUAUCAAGAGAUACUUUAAUGGAAUUUAAAAGAAUACGUGAAUAUUCACAUGAUCAUAUUAUUCGUGUUAUGGGUGCUUGUGUAGAUGCUCCAAAUUAUUGCAUAGUAACAGAAUAUUGUCAACGUGGAUCAUUAGAAGAUAUUUUAGAAGAUGAAAAAAUAAAAUUAGAUACAAUGAUGAAAUUUUCUUUACUUCAUGAUUUAGUUAAAGGAAUGAAUUUUUUACAUCAUUCUGAAAUUAGAUCACAUGGAAGAUUAAAACCAAGUAAUUGUGUUGUUGAUUCACGUUUUGUAUUAAAAAUUACUGAUUAUGGAUUAAAUGAAUUAAGAGCUUAUGAAGAAAUAAGUCAAGAAAAAGAUGAUUCACAUGAAUAUUGGAAGAAAUUUAUGUAUACUGCUCCAGAACUUUUAAGAUUACCAAAUCCUCCUAGAGGUGGUACACAAAAAGGAGAUGUUUAUUCAUUUGGUUUAAUUGCUCAUGAAGUUGUAUAUAGAUGUGGACCAUUUUAUAGAGGAGAAGAAUCACCAGAUCCCAAAUUUAUAUAUGAACAAAUAUUUAAAGGUCCUGCUGCAGGAAAAGAAGUUUAUAGACCAAUAUUAUUAGACGAGGUUCCAAAUGAUGAAGGUGGACCUUCAAAACCAGAAAAUAUGGAACAAUUGACAGCAUUAAUGCAAAGAUGUUGGAGUGAAAAUCCAAUAGAUAGGCCUGAAUUUUCAGAAAUACGUAAAAUUGCAGGAUCACUUAAUAAAGAUAAUGAAACAACUAAUCUUGUUGAUAAUUUAUUAAAACGUAUGGAACAAUAUGCAAAUAAUUUGGAAUCAUUAGUCGAAGAAAGGACACAAGAAUACCUUGCUGAAAAGAAAAAAGUCGAAGAAUUGUUACAUCAACUUUUACCUCCAUCAGUUGCAGUACAAUUAAUAGCAGGAAAUUCUGUACAAGCAGAAUCAUAUGAUUGUGUUACAAUUUAUUUUUCUGAUAUUGUUGGUUUUACUUCAUUAUCAUCUGUAUCAACACCAAUGCAAGUUGUAACAUUACUAAAUGAUCUUUAUCUAGCAUUUGAUGGAGUUGUGGAUAAUUUUAAAGUUUAUAAAGUUGAGACAAUUGGAGAUGCAUAUAUGGUUGUAUCUGGUCUUCCUGAACGAAGAGAUGAUCAUGCUUCACAAAUAGCUCAAAUGUCAUUAGCAUUAUUACAUAAGGUAAAAACAUUUGUUAUUCGUCAUAGACCAAAAGAACAAUUAAAAUUACGAAUUGGUAUGCAUUCAGGAAGUGUUGUUGCUGGUGUUGUUGGAUCAAAAAUGCCAAGAUAUUGCCUGUUUGGAGACACUGUAAAUACAUCCUCUAGGAUGGAAUCUAAUGGAAUGCCAUUAAAAAUACAUGUUUCGUCACAAACAUAUGAUAUUUUAUCAAAAGAUCCUGAUUUUAAUUUAGAAUUACGUGGUGAAGUAGAAAUGAAAGGUAAAGGACUUCAAACAACAUAUUGGUUGAAAGGGUACAAAGAUCAACAAAUUCCAGAUUUUGGGCCUGAUUAUAGUAAUUAUAAAAUGCCACUGAAAAAGUAA